AUGCAUAUGGAGCACAAGUUCCCGCAGAUCAAGCCGCUUCCUUUCGCCAAGGUUUUCCGCAAAGCCGAUGCCAACGCAAUCGACUUGAUUGCGCAACUGCUCGAGUGCACCCCGACGGAGAGACAAGGAGCCAUCGAUACUAUAGUAUAUCCCUUCUUCGACGAGCUGAGGGACCCCAGUACUAAGUUAUCUAACUCGCGAUACAAUACCGGGCAAGUGCGUGAGCUCCCUCCGCUAUUCGAUUUCACGCGACACGAGCUUUCAAUCCGUCCCAGCCUCAACCCACGGCUGGUUCUGCCUCAUAUCAGACCUAUUCUGGCUUCGAAGGGGCUCGAUAUUGACAACUUGACGCCACUAACCAGGCAGGAGAUGUUAGCCAAGGCAGUCUCAGUCCAAGCUGAUGUCCCUGCAUCGGCUUCCCCGAAGUCUGCCUCGCCCGUGCGUAAUAUAUAA